CAGUACCUUUACAUAGGCUAACACUGUAAUUGAGUUUUACGGAAACACAAAAAAAAACAUAAAAAUAUAUUUUCCGCAAUGGCUGAAAAAACACAAGACGCCAUGCUGGCCGAAAUGGAUUUGAUCUUUCUGGACCACAUACUGCCGAGGUGCUGCAAGGACAUCACCACCUCGCAAGCGUUCUACAAGGACUACACCGCCGACAAGCCGAAGCGAACAGUCACCGCGUUCCGGAAGCAAACGGAUCCCGCCCUGAUCUCGGGCCACUAUGCGCACAACUUGAAGGUCCAGAAGCAGGAGUUGAAGACGCGGACAUGGCCACGAUCCAUGGACUGGCGCGAGGAGUACGCGCAGUUCGUCAAGCGCAACAAGUGGUGCAACGAGGAGAUCUACAAGCUCUUCUUCGUGAACCCGCCCGUCGACUACUUCCUCAUCAGGGAAUAUCUGCAGGACCUGCUGAAAACCACCUAUAUGUCGGACUACUCGCCCAAAGACUACCAGUCGCUCAUCAGCCAGCGCGAGCAUAGGGUCCAACUCGACGGCUCGGACGGCAUUGACUAUCGGACGACCUAUGGCAACUAUCACAAUCGUAUCCAGGAGGAGGAUCCGUUCAAGUCGAUCCUCAUCCCAGAACCAGGAUCGAUUGUCAGGAGCAUGGAGAUAGGAGAGUUCGCCAAGCAGAUGCGCAAGCUGUUCACUAAGUACAAUCUAACCACCUACUACGAGACCAUCUGCCUUCCGGCGCUGAUAAAGGCCAAGGAUGGUAUUAUGCCAUCGGGGCCGAUCGAUCGCUACACACUUCGCAAGCACUGAAUCGCACCCAAGUCGAGUUAACCAGGUCACGAUUACUCCAGCUACUGCAUGCAGUUGGAUUUAUUUAUUAAUAGUUAUUAUUGUACUAAAUAUACAUUCGGCGCCUACUAUGAUACGAAGUACCACAAAAGGUACCGUAAAAAGG